UCUUCAAUCAUCAUCAAAUCCCAAAAAGAGCAAAGAGUUUGCCAGCAGCAGCAGCGAAAAUAAAACCUGGAACGGCAGCGUAAAUUUCGCGUAAAAGUGCAAAAAUCAUGUAAAUUAGCACCUCCAAAGCUGCACGAAACAAGUGGCCUCGUUCCAGCGAUCCCCGGAGCGGUGCCGGUGGCCCCAAACGGACACAAUGUUGCAGUUUCUGAAAAAGUCAGCGGCACGGCGACGGUCCACUGGCCAUGGAAGUGGGGAGGAAGAAAACGUAAACAAGUCUGCGGCGGCCGGUGAGGUCAUCACGAAUGGUGGCACGGCGAUGAAGGCGGAACCGGUCAACGACGAGGAAGCGCUGCGGGAAGCCGAACGGUACUGGAUGGACCAGCAGAACCAGGAACGGGACCAGUGCGCACCGGUGGCCAAGUCACGCCUCUCGCGCAACCUGCUGGACAUUCUGGCCGAACAGAGCUGCAUCUGCUACUUUGUACAGUUCCUGGAAACCAAAAGUGCCCUGCCGCUGGUCAAGUUUUGGCUUGAGGUGGAAGGUUUCAAGGCGGCCGCCGCCGAAAGUGUUCGGCUGGAUGAGCGAAUCGCCAAGGGUGUUACGGCGGGAACCGUCGCGCCGCAUCGUGGCCUCAACCGGAGCGUCUCGUCCGACAAUUACGACAGCGUUUCCUUUCUCAGCGUGGAUUGCGAUUCCAUUUCUACCUUUUCGGAAAACGCCUUCGAAGACGUCGGAACGCCGACCACGGAAGACCUUACGACGGCUUCCUCGCGGAGUUGCACGCCGAUCCCGCAAACCCCGCUUCCCGUACUGCUCGAAGAGGACCGCAAACCUGCAAACGAAGACGCCAUGCGACAGUCGCUGACCGACGACGAAAAGCUCAAACUGGAGGAACAACCGGUGGCCGCGGCCACGACGAACGUCCAGCAGAACGGCGGUGGCUUCAACUCGUUGGUCAUUUCGGACGCGGUGCGGAUCUACCGGAAGUUUCUGGUGAGCAGUUCGCCGUACUACAUUGAGGUGCCGGCGACGAUUCUGUCGGCGAUUUCGUUGGCACUUUGUGGGGGAGGAACCUGUAGCGAGCGGAUCUUCGACGAUGCCCAGCAGUAUUUGGUGGAGGUGAUGGAGAAAAGCUAUUUGAACGCGUUUCUGGAGAGUGGGUUCUACUGCAAGUACACGUUUGAGGUCCUCUCGAGCGACAGCCUCACCCUGAAGGACAUCCUUUGCAGCGAGAUGGCCCUUUUCUACUUUAUGGAGUACCUCGAGCAAAAGGGCAAACGUCACACGCUGGAGUUUUGCGUUUCCGCCAGCCAUUUUCUCCGCACGACGUCCUCCUCCUCGAGCGGCACCGGAAGCAGCUCCCAAGCCCAGGCCGACGCCGUGGUUCUAUAUCAAAAGUAUUUCUCGCUUCAAGCGACCUGCUCGCUAACGCUCAGCGAUAAGGUGCGGUUCUUGAUCGAGGAGCAGAUCUGCUCGCAGGAUGUUGGUGUGAUUAAGCGCUGUUUCGAGCUGCCCUCGCGGAUCAUCGAGCGGUUCCUGGAGCGGCAGUACUUUCAGGGCUUCCUGAAGUCUCCGCUGUACGCCAAGUUCCUUUCGGAGCUGGUGGGAAAGAUUGGCAGCAAUCCGGCGGAGGAGGCGAGUGGAAACUUUGGAAUCCUAGCUGGACGGAAGCAGAUAUUCACGAACGAUCGCCGGGCGGGUGCGGGAGCGAAUCAACGACGUGGCCAUCGAAAGACGUUCUCGGACGUGACGAGCGACAGCACGAUUCGCCACCAACAUUCGCCGUUUAUUUCGUCGCAGAACACGCUGCUGGCCAUGCCGGAUGCCAGUUUCCACCGGAAGCGCCUUAAUCCGCCGUCGUCGUCGCAGGCUGACCUCAUGCUGAUCGAUUCCCGCCAGUUGUACAAUCCGGACCUGCUGUGGCGACGGAACUCGGUCGCUGGGCUCACGUUCGGGCGUGUUGAUGCCCUCGGGCGGUACGAGCGAGAUUUCGACAUGGCCGAACCGCCCCAGGAUGAUGACCGGUGGAGCAAGAAUCGGCUCAAGAAGGCGAUGAGGAAGUUGGUGAAUCUACCGGAGGAUAAAGCGCAGGAGGAGUUGGCCUGGCAGGUGGCGGAGAUGAUCGUGAAGGACAUUACGAGUGUUACGAUGAAUGGCGGUGGGAGCGAUGAUGCGCCGGACAUUCCGACUUCAACCGCGUCGUGAUUGUGCUCUCUUUAGCGGGUAGUUCAAACCGUACGUAUUAUUAUCAUAAUUUAGCACAGAGCCGUAUGAAAUAGUUGUUUUAAUAUUAUGUAUUAUGUUUAUCCAACGUUUUUUGAUUAUUUUAAAGAUUUUAUCUCUACUCGUUUCUACUUAUGUUUCUUUACCGUAAAACCGCAACCCUGGGUUCAAGACACUCAAAAUUCCAGAAAUUUAAAUUCUCUUAUAUUUAUAAAUUCGUAGUAAUUACUGAAACUAUGGUGCUUGAAAGUAAAAACUAAUAAAACAUAAAGUAACAAAGUAAAAACGUAUAAUACAAACUAACACAAACACACAAAAAACAGCCUGGGGCUGAAAACAUCACAAAAGUACCACAUCAUCUCACCUCAGCAAAAAAAAAAGAAA